UCUUUUUAUUGUUCUAACGUCACGUGACCAUCAGCAACAGGUCAUUACCAUCAGGGCCAGCUCUGAGCCAGGUUUAAUCUUAUCCAGGUGCUGAAGCUGGGCAUUAACGAACCAUCCUGAAACACACCUUACCUCUGCCAUCCACCUCCUUCCUCCUGCAUGAUCAUCUAGCAUGCUGCCUCUCAGGAUGUUGGGCUUCCUCAUGCUCAUGCUUUCCCUGUGUGAUGCAGACAAUUUAUGCCCCACUGAGCUCAACCCUCUCACCCUGGAUCCCCCAGAGGUUAUAUAUGGAUAUGAAAAGUCAGUGUUGGUUAACUGCACCAGCAAAGUGGACAAUCAUGGGGGGAUGUACUGGACUGUUGGAAACACAGACCAUUCAAUGGAAUAUAACAAUAGUUAUAUCCAAGUGUCAUUGUCAAACUGGAAUGUAAAGGCAGAGUGCAAAAUAAAGCUAAAUGACACUCAUGAAUGCAGCAAAGGCCUUACAAUCACUGUGUACAAGAAUCCAGAAAUGGUCCGCGUUUUUUCUGCACAGAAUGAACCUAUAGUGGAAGAGACACCAUUUGAACUGCAGUGUGAUAUCAUCAAUGUUGCUCCUGUUCAAAACCUCACUGUGAGGUGGUACAAAAACAAUCAAUCCAUCAGGGAAGACUCGUUCCACAAACCAAUCAAAACACCAGUAAAUGAGUCUUCUACUCUUGUAGUCAACAUCAGCAGAGAAGAAAACGGAGCUAAGUUUAGGUGUGAGGCACAGCUGGACUUUGGGCAACAUGGAUCACAACCUGUUACUUCUGACACAUACACGGUUGCCGUGCACUACGCUCCUGAGCUCCAGAACCAAACGGAAGAUGUCUAUGUGAAUGAGGAAAACAAUGUCACCCUGAACUGUGACGCUGAGGGGCACCCUCCUCCCCACUUUCAUAGGACAUGUGAUGGGAUAAAUAUAAUAUAUAUUAUUAGCUUUGAUGUGGAAUGUGUAUUUAUUGUGCAGCAAAAUGAAGCUCUGAUUGAAUAUGCAUACUUUUGA